AUGUUCGAUCAUCGAUCUUUUUUCUUCAGGAGAGUUCCUGGAAGGAAAUUUAUGGUUAGAACAUUAACUAUAGUUUUAGUUAUCAUUUUGAUAACCGUCGUGCACUUACAUUCCAAUAGUUCCGAAUUAAUUGAUAAACUGGUAAGUUACAAUGUAGGAUCAUAUUUUAGAGACAAUGAAGAUCACCAAAGUGUGAAUAUAUCUCAGAAUAAUAAUACCACUAAGUUGUAUGAUGAUGAUAGCGGCAAAGGUAACGACAUUUUAUUAACACUGGUAAGAAAUAGCGACUUGGAUAACAUGCUUGAGACCAUCAAGCAGUUUGAAGAGCGUUUCAAUUCUCUAUUCCAUUAUGACUGGUAUUUUAUGAACAAUGAAGAUUUUACAGAAGAUUUUAAAAAGAAAACGACAGAGUUGAUAUCGGGAAGAACUAAAUUUAUUAAAAUUCCACAUGAAUUUUGGUCAUAUCCUGAUAGUAUCGAUCAAGAAAAGGCAGAGCAAACCAGAGUAGAAGCUAAAAAAAAUAAUUUAAAUUAUGGUGAUAGUGAAUCAUACAGAUUUAUGUGUCGUUUCAAUUCUGGAUUCUUCUAUAAGCUUGAAGAAUUGAGAAAUAUUGAUUAUUAUUGGAGAAUAGAACCAUCUGUAAGGUUUAAAUGUGAUAUACCUUACGAUGUGUUUCAAUACAUGAGAAGACAUAAGAAAAUUUAUGGUUUCAACAUGGCAUUACAAGAGAAUACCCGAACAAUUCCUUCUUUGUGGGAUACCACAACUGAAUUUUUUAAGCAAAAUCCAGACUUUAUUGCACCUAAAAACAAUUAUGAUUUUACUACCGAUGAUAAUGGAAAGUCUUAUAAUUUAUGUCAUUUCUGGUCAAAUUUUGAAAUAGCACACUUGGAUUUUUAUAGAUCUGCAGCCUACAAUUCUUACUUCGAUUAUUUAGAAGGUAAAGGUGGAUUUUUUUACGAAAGAUGGGGUGAUGCACCAAUUCAUACAUUAGCUGUGAGCUAUAUGCUGAGAGCUGAUCAAAUUCAUUUUGUGGGGAAUACUGGUUAUUAUCAUGAACCUAAUCAAGAUUGUCCGAGGGAUAUAUUGGUUAGGAAUUAUUUACAUUGCGAUUGCAAUGUCAAGAAAGAUUUUACUUGGCAUAAAUAUAGUUGCGUGAACAAAUUUUUCGAAGUGAAUAAGUUUCCUAAACCUGAUAGUUACGAUUCUUUGGAAAAAAAUUAUCCUGACUUAUUUGAAAGCAUAGAUCAAAAACAAAAAAACAAUUAA